AUGACCCCAAAGUUGUCUAAGUUUGAACUCGACAGAAAGCGAUGCUCACCACUCUCUAACCGAAUCAAGGCUCUAGCAAUCCCUCUGAAGUUCAAGAAUCCUUCCUUGCAUCAAUACAAUGGGAAAGAGAGGAUUACUUUGAAGUGCUUAGCUCAGCGAUGGUACCUCAAGCUUUCCCCUAGAUCAAUUGACUCAUGGAAAGACAUAGUGCAUGCUUUUGGCAACCAAUUCGGUCCUUCCCGACAUUGCCAAAUCGAGCCCAAUGAUCUAGUAGACGUUACACAACAAGAAGAUGAGUCCCUCAAGGACUAUAUACAUUGGUUCUUGGAGGCAAGCGCUAAGACAAAAAUACUUAGCAAGGAUGCAAGGGUUAUGGAACUUGCAACUGGACUUAAUGAGAUGAGUCCUCUGUGGUCUGACCUUUGUCUCAAAUCAGUCUACACCAUGAAUGAUUUUCUUGAUAGACUAGAUGGCUUUAUCAAGCUGGAAGAAGUUGUCACCCAAGCCAAGGGCUCAAAAGGUAACAAGAAGAAGUCGCCAAACUCCCUAACCCUUGACACUACAGUGCAGGUUAAUGGAAAGAAAAGAGAUUCGAACGGAGGGAAAAGAGCCAACAACAGUGUGAAACAAGGUAACUUCCCUGGUGGAAAGAAAGCUGAAACUAGGGGUAGGCCAAUACGAGAGUAUGAACCUCAUUUCACCACCUACUCCAUUAUCUUGGCUCCAAGAGAUGAGAUCUAUACGACCACACAAUCAAUAGUGUCAUACCGCAAACUUAUUCUCUUGAAAGAGUUAGGGAAGAGAGACAUGAAGAAAUUUUGUUGUUAUCACAACAAUUACGAUCAUGAUACAAAUGAUUGUAAUCAGUUGCGACACGAGAUAGAAUUCCUCAUCAGACAGAAGCUUGUCACUCUUCAAAAAUAUGUACAUCUUGAAGCUCCAGUUGGGGGCAAUGCACCUUUCCAGCUUGGGCUAGUUGCAAGCAGCAGGGACGAAGGGACUUUAGCCCAUAUGUAG